AACCAAGAUAUCUUAAAUAGGGAAUUCAGUCUCAUUUGACUUACACAAGAAAAAAAAAAGGUCUUUCUAAGCUCAUUGUAUAUAUAUCCAUAUAUACUUUUUUUUCUUCCAUUGUUUAUUUUUCUUUUUCCCUUUUCCCUACAAGUUUCAGUAGUGAGGAAAAUAGGCAAACAACGUAUAUAAACACAAACAAAUAAACUAAAGUCCUUGUAAUAAAGAGAAAGAGAAAAAAAAACUAUACGCAUAAUACUCCUUUGCCAACAAUUCUUCUUCUUUACCCCCCUCUCUUUCUCUCUCACUGCUUCCUCCUCUCUCUUUCUUUCACAUAGCUUUAUUUUAUACGAUGACGAGCAAUAAUAGCCAUCUUCAGUCAUUGCGUAUUGUGCCUCAUCUUGAUUCUAGUAACGCACUUGUGUUCCCCAUCAUGGAAUACUCUCUACAUAAUUCGCACGUAUUAAAGGUUGGACGCGCAAUAGCAGACAGAAGGCCUUCGUCUACCAGUAUGACUUUUAGGAGUAAAGUCGUCAGUAGGAAACAUGCUGAGAUAUUUGUCGAAGAUGGAAAGGUCUAUAUCCGUGACAUGCAGUCUUCUUCAGGUACUUUUCUCAACAACAGGAGAUUGUGUGGACCAAAUCAACUAUCACAGCCAUUUGAAUUGCAUGAUAAUGAUAUUAUUCAACUGGGUGUUGACUAUCAAGGAGGCACUCAAGAGGUGUACCGUUGUGUUAAAAUGAGAGUGGAACUCAACAAGUCUUCUCAGCAAAAUGACAACAUUAACCAGUACAAUCUUAAAACAUAUCAGUCACUGCGACAUUUGACCACACCACCACAGAACAAUUAUAAAGCAUUAGAUCCAAUGGAAAUAGAUAAUGAUGAUGAAGAUAUUCAUGUAGAUGAAUGCUGUAUCUGCUUAUUUGCCAUUGCUCCAUUCCAAGCACUGUUUGUUGCACCUUGUUCUCAUACGUUUCACUAUAAAUGUCUACGUCCUUUACUGGUCAAUCAUCCGGGAUUUUUAUGUCCAUUAUGCAGAAACUAUGCUGACCUUGAAUCCAACGUGUCUGUCGAAGUCGAGGAUGUCAAAAAGAUGCUCAAGUCAAAAAAAGCCACUCAAGAAAGAAAAGAUGAUCUUAUCUUAUAGAACAGACCUACUUUCAUUCCAUCUUCAUCCAACUAAAAAAUAAUACCCUCUUUCACUCAAAAAAAAAAAAAAACUUUCUGCAUAAUUGUACACCCAGCAUGUCGAUCAGUAAUAAAUGGUUAUUUAUUGUCUUACACAAGCCAUGGUGGCAACUUGUACUCCCCUUUACAAGGAGUUGUAAUAUAGUCUCUCCUUUGAUAAACACAAUCAAACAAGGAACCACAUGUUGUA